UAUUACUCUGCAAACCUUUCUCUUAAGUGCCUCGUUCGCACUCAGAGUCAUUACCUUCCAUCUUUUUAAAAGAAAGUGAAGGCGUGCGUCCGCUUCGAUUCGUCUGCUCGCAGCUUGUUCGGUUGGGAUUUAGUUUUCCAUGCAUUUAUUUAAAGAAGUGUGGAUAGAAUGAGGGAGCAGUCCGGACGUCUUGGUCUGUGAAUAUCAGCGAAGGCGUGCGCGUUCAUCGCACUUGUCUCGGCUGCUGUACAUCGUUGCAUUGCUCUGCCAAUUCCCGAUCAGGGUCGCGGUCGCAGCAUUGGUGAACACGGAAAUUCCUGCAUGAGAGCUGAUUCUUUCGAAUAUGGAUUGAAGAACAUGCCCAUGUUCAAGUUGAACACGGGUGGUUCCAUCCCCGCUAUUGGACUUGGAACCUGGCAGUCGGAGCCAGGCCUGGUUGGACAGGCAGUCAAGGAGGCUAUAAAGGUUGGAUAUCGUCACAUCGACUGCGCCAAGGCUUACAACAAUGAGAAGGAGGUAAGUCUCCAAUUGGCGAUGCCCUACAAGGAAGGCAUUUUGAAGCGCGAAGACUUAUUUAUUACGUCAAAGCUUUGGUGCUCGGAUCACAAUCCUACCGACGUCAUCAAAGCCUUGGAUAGAUCAAUCGAGCGUUUACAAUGCGAUUACAUUGAUUUGUAUCUGAUUCACUGGCUGGUGGCGUUCAAGAAGGACGCGCUCGGUUUUGCCCCUGAGAAUUUCGCACCCCUCGAUAUCAAAGCGACAUGGGCAGCCAUGGAGCAGUGCUACGAAAGUGGGAAAGCUCGAGCUAUUGGAAUCAGCAAUUUCUCUGUCGAGAAGACAAAGGAUCUGCUGUCUCAUUGUAAAGUAAGGCCUGCAGUCAACCAGGUGGAAUGCCAUCCUCACUGGCAACAAAAGAAGUUGGUGCCUUACUUGACGUCGGAGGAUAUCCACUUCAGUGCUUACUCUCCAAUUGGUUCCUCCAACAGUUCAUUCGCAAAAAUCAACGUCCUACAGCUGCCAAUAAUUACAACGCUUGCCGAGAAAUAUCAGAAGACACCUUCACGGAUAGCUCUUCGGUGGAAUGUGCAACAAGGACAUAGUGUGUUGCCCAAGAGUACUCACGCUGACAGGCUUGCAACCAACAUUGAGCUUUUCGAUUUCGAAAUCUCUAAAGAAGACCUUCAUGAAUUUGACAACAUUGAGCAGCAUCGUCUUCUCUCGGGCGAAGGGACGUUCGUGAAUGAUACAACCAGUCCGCACAAGACGGUGGAGCAGCUUUGGGAUGGGGACCUCUAGACCCUUGCCGUCUAAAUCCUAAAACAAAUGUAUACAGCAGUUUUGAGCUUGCUCCAGCCCAAUAGGAUGUGUAGCGCAUAAAUAAUACGCUAGGGCGUAGAAACCAAAAUAAGUCGGCAACAUUUCGCUGCUGGCGCAUGAAGCGCGUUCCCCAACUGUACCCUGUCACAAACUGAUAAAUAAAUCACAAAAUGCCUCACUCAA